CACCUAUGACUGCGAGCGUGCCAAAAAUGCGUUCGCCUCCCGCAAGCAGGCCUCCUGAGGAGCCGCCGCCGCCGCCGCCGGAGAAGAGCCAGCCCCGCGUCGAGCAGGCGAGGGAGGCUGCGCUCAGGAAUUCUCGCUUCGCAGGGCAGUCUGGAGGGCUGGGGAGGCUGCGGCGCGCCUAGCGGAGUGAAGGAACUCCCCGGCAGAACUUCUCAUUCAAACUUCGCCCGGGGGUUUAUUAUUGCAGCGUCUUCCCUGUAGCCCAAAUCGUGAAGGGGGCGGGGGAAUCGGGGAGGGGGGGGGGAGAGAGAGAUCUGUAAAGCCAGCAGCUUGCUCUCCUUUGCUCUCCCGGAGCAGAGAAAGGAGGGGCAGAGGCUGGUCGUGUGAGUUCAGGCCAGUGGAAAGAGUGGAAAGUUGCAAUCUCUGGGGCAGCUGAGCUGAGAGGGAGAAAGAGACCGGCCGACCUCGGUGCUACAACCAGCCUGCCCAGAACUUCGUCCUUCUACUGAUCAGAAACUCCCGGACGCCUGGCAUGAAAGUCGACUGAGGGAGCGCUGCAACAAACUUCACCUCUCCGGAUACUGCCAGUUUCCUAUGUGGCUGUUUUGUGGGGCAACAUGAAAGACGACUUUGCCGAAGAGGAGGAAGUCCAGUCCUUUGGUUAUAAGAGGUUUGGUAUUCAGGAAGGGACACAAUGCACCAAGUGUAAAAGUAACUGGGCCUUGAAGUUUUCCAUCAUACUAUUGUAUAUAUUAUGUGCCUUGCUGACAAUAACAGUCGCCAUUCUGGGAUACAAAGUUGUAGAAAAAAUGGACAAUGCUGCUGGUGGCAUGAAUACAUCACACAGCCUAUACAACGAGAAACUUUCAAAAGUGGAAAGUCGCUUGAAGAACCUGGGUAAUGAAACAGAUGAAAAAGCCCAGAACAUCAAUACAGAACUUUCAAACUUCAGAGCUGAUAUCCUGGCCCUGCAUCAACAACUCCAUGAGAUUUCAGAGAAAACUGCAAGGAACAAAGAUACACUGGAAAAGUUACAGGAAUCUGGAAGUGUGUUAGAUAAUAGACAGACCCAAAUGAAAGGUGUUUUGGAUAGCAACUCCUUCAUGAUCCUCAAUGUCAACAAAACUCUUCAGGUCUACAAUGGCUACAUCAGUGAGCUCCAGCAAGACCAGAAUAACAUUCAGACAAAUUUGCAAAGCCAAGCACAUUCACACAGUGUAGUCAUCAUGAAUCUAAACAACCUGAACCAAACGCAAGUCCAGCAAAGAGAUCUUAUCAGUGCUUUGCAGAGAUCUGUGGAUGAUACCAGUCAAGCUAUACAAAGAAUAAAAAGUGACUUUCAAAAUCUUCAGCAGGUUGCCCUCCAAGCACGGAAGGAUACUGAUUGGCUUAAAGAGAAAGUACAGAAUUUGCAGCUGUUGGCAGCCAACAAUUCAGCCUUGGCCAAAGCGAAUAAUGAUUCACUUGAGGAUAUGAGCAGUCAGCUAAGUUCAUUUAGUGGGCAGAUGGACAACAUCACUACUAUUGCACAAGCUAAUGAUCAAACCCUGAAGGAUCUCCAAGAGCGCCAUAAAAAGUAUGAAAAUGGAACAGCUGCCAAGUUUAACCAGCAAGAAGAACGAUUUCAGAACUUUGAGACCGAUAUCGUCAACAUCAUUAGCAAUAUUAGUUAUACUGCCCAUCAUCUGAGGACAUUAACUAGCAACCUCAAUGAGGUCAGGACAACAUGCACAGAAACUCUUAGUAAACACACAGAAGAGCUGACUUUUAUGAACAACACAUUAGCAGAUAUUCGUCUGGAUGCUACAGGCCUCAAGAUGCAGCAGGAUGUGAUGAGGGCAAGAUUAGAUACAGAAGUUGCCAAUUUAUCAAUAAUAAUGGAAGAAAUGAAACUAGUCGAUUCCAAGCAUGGCCAGCUCAUUAAAAAUUUCACCAUCCUGCAAGGCCCUCCGGGCCCAAGAGGUUCCAAGGGUGACAGAGGACUCAUAGGUCCUAUGGGACUUCCUGGAUCCAAAGGACAAAAAGGAGAGAAAGGUGAGCCAGGACCACCAGGACAGCAAGGUGAAAAAGGACCAACUGGACCAAUUGGACCACCAGGUGAAAAAGGUGGGAAAGGUUCUAGAGGUUUUCCUGGAUCCAAAGGCCAAAGAGGUUCACCUGGAAAGACAGGACUUCCAGGACCUAGUGGAGAUCCAGGACCACCUGGAAUAGCUGGAAAAGACGGCCCACCAGGCCCUCCUGGUCCACCUGGACUCCCCGGGCUUCAAGGAGCUGUUGGCGUACCAGGAGUACACGGUCUUCGUGGAUUACCUGGCCUGCCUGGAAUGCGAGGUCCACCAGGACCACCAGGACCUCCUGGGCUACCAGGUCCAGGCAUGCCUAUGGCACUUCAAAGUGUGACAACAUCAGCUCCUGAAGCUAAUGGUUGUCCUGUUAACUGGAAGAAUUUUACUGGCAACUGUUAUUACUUUUCAUCAGAAAGAGACAUUUUUGAAGGUGCAAAACAUUCCUGUGAAGAAACAUCCUCACAUUUGGUUUUCAUAAACAGCAAAGAUGAGCAGCAAUGGCUAAAAAAACAGAUAGCUGGAAAAGGCAGCUUCUGGAUUGGCCUCACAGACUUAGAGAGGGAAGAUGAAUGGCAAUGGCUGGAUGGAACUUCACCAGAAUAUACAAACUGGAAGGCUGGGCAGCCUGAUAACUGGAACCACGGGCAUGGGCCAGGUGAAGAUUGUGCUGGAUUGAUCCAUGCUGGGCUGUGGAAUGACUUUCACUGUCAAGAUGUUAACAGUUUUAUUUGUGAAAAAGAAAUGGACAAAGCUCAGCCUUCAGGAUUGUAACAGGCUGUGGACUUCAAGAUGAAAAUGACUAUUUCUUUAAAGACAAAAAAAAAAUCCUCUGGGAGUGAAUCAUCACCUGACCAAAAGAGGGAGCACUGAGAACUGGUUUUGAUGGGCAAAAAGUCACCUGCACAGACUGUCCUCGUCUUCUUAUUUUUCAGGGGCUUUAGAACCUGUUGCACAAGAGCAUUGAUUGGAAAUGCAAUUGGACUGAACCAGCUGUCAAUCCUCUUCAACCGUAAAUAGCACAGAUACAAAAAAAGUGUGUUCUGGUCAGAAAUGGACGUUGCCAAGCUGGCUACAAAUCAUGACUUUUCCACUGUAGUAAAAUAAUAUGAAACUACUGCAUACACACAAAAUCCACUUCAUAAAAUCCCAGUAUAGGCAAAUUAUAUAAAUAUACCUUUAUAAAUAUAUAUAAAUUUUAUAUAUAAAUAUAUACAGUCCAAGUCUGAUCAGUAAUAUAGAAUAUACUUUUAAAAGCUUUUAAAUUUUUGUAUUUUUAUACAAAAUGUUUGCCUAUUACAUUGGGGGGUUUUAACUGCCUUUUUUUAAAAAAAUGAAGUGCAAAAAGGCCAAAGAAAAUAGCACUGAUGCUAUUUUUCAUUCACCAGAAAUGAUUGUCCGGUACAACUCUUGUCCACUAUAGAAACAUGUUUUUAGUUUUAAAUCACUCUAAUUUAAAUGACUUUGAAGAUGGUUUGGGGUAACAUAUGUAGUAUUUUAUGUAAAAGGGCACUGGUGGGAGUGAUUCAAAUAAUAGUUAAGCUGUAGGCCUCAAAUCUCUCUCUUUUUUUUUUCUUGGUUCAUCUCAUCUAUGGAAUGAUUGCAGCAUAAGCCGUGUAGGGAGAUGUCCUCAGGAGUAGCUGGUGGUGCUCUGACUGCAAGGAUGAAGGGCUGCAUUUGAUAUGCUUCUCCUCUGCCAGAGCAGCAUGCUGCUUGAUUGUGGUGCCAACGAAUGGGAGCUCAGAAUCAAAGAAGAGAUUUCCUGACGUUGCGUGUAACUUACCUGCAGUGGCACGUCCCCCAGUUUAAUUGUUUUAACCCACGAGAGCUUCCAAAGGGGAACAGAGCCGCUGCGGUAAUGCUUAUGCUUUCCUUUCCAGGCAUUUUUUGGCUACAAGGCUGGUUUCUUUCGCUUGUAGGGAAGAGACCAUUGGGGAAAAGAUUAACCACCCCCCUACACACACACCUGGUGUCACUGUCCCAUUCUUGAUUGCUGAUUCUAAGAAACAUUUUGAGGUUGGGGGGAAGUAAUACACAUCUGCAUACAACUUCUAAUUAUGUCCCGAACUGACACAAAUUAAGGCUUCCUACAACAAUGUUCUGCAUAGAAUUAGGUUUAAAUCAAAAUAAAAGACAGGUAAUACAUUUUGACAUUUUGUGAAAUGUAGAAUGUACCGUACAAAUGUCUGAGUAUAUAAUACAAGCUCCAGCUUGUAUUAAAGGAUGUGUUUAAUUCCAAGGAGGGAAAAAUGUUCAUUGACUUCAUCCAGACAUAAUAGUUUAAGAUAAUGUGCCUUCUAUCCAAGAGUGAAAAUGAACUUAGUCACCUAAGAAAUUUGAAUUUGGUUACCUACCGAACACCAAGACUAGCUUUAAAAAAUACACACAAUCCUGAUGCAUGUAGUGCUUUCAUAUGGACUGACUUCCUUUAUUCACCUGAGGGUGGUGUUGAGAUGCAAAGAAGAUGUGGAAUUUCCCUGUCACUGUAGUGAAUGGGAAAACACUUGUCUGUACAGAUGUUACAUUUAAGAACUGGAGCUCCUGUUUGCAUAAAGAAGACCGCUCAUCCCAGGGCUGGAUAAGUGCAUCUGAUAAAACAUCUUUAAAAGUAGGUUUGCUUAGGCUAUUAUCCUUAUUUUUUUCCUUUUGCCUUCAUUAAAAGCAAAUAAAAGUAAGAAUAAAUAAGGAUGUUUUCAAGAACAUGUCCCUACUACUGAACAAGAUAUCCAGAAUGGCCCUCUACCCCUGGUUAUUAUUUCAGCAUCCCGAAAUAGAAAGUUAUAGCUAAUAACUGUUAUUUCUGAUAAGGAAAUUCUCUUCCUGCAGAAGAGGCUUGGAACAGGCUGGUCACAUGAGCAGAAACUCUGUCUGUGGGAGGAAAGUUACAUUAUUAGUUGAAUGUCAUCACUAGAUAAAAUCAAGAUUUUUUAAAAAAAACAAACAUUUUAGAUUGUUACAAUCUGAGAAAUUCUGAGAAGUUGUGAUGCCAUUAAUUGGCAGUUUCCUUUUCUGAAAGAGCUGCUUGCAGCCCCAACAAAAUUAAUUAGAACUUUCAGAUUGAAUAUUCAUGAUACUAUAGGAGUGAUCCGAAGUGAGCCUAUUCAGAAGUAAGCGCAAUAUUAUUCAAUGAGGCUUACUCCUAGGAAAGUGGAAUUUCAACCAAUGCUGCUGAGGUAAACAAAUCUUCCUAUUCUCCUAGUACAAGAAAGUAGCCUUUGAGAUAUUUGAAUCUAAAUUUCCCAUUUUCUGCAGUGAGUCUAAUUCCCUGUUCUUUAUUACCUGUGUUGUUUUCUUAAUCUACUUUGGAUUUAGGGUUAAUUCUGCCAUUUCAUAUUUAAAAUGUUUGAGCAAUGAUGCAACAGUAGUCUUAAAUAUGCUUUUUAUUUUUACAUAUUUAUUUUUAAAAUAUAGACUCCAAUAAGGAGGUGGUUUGAGGGAUAGACUGUAUAUGAGUAAGAAAAUAUAUUUUUAGAUACCUUUGAGUGGAAGUCAGAACUCUCAUAUGAAAGAUAAGGAAUUUUUGGGUUACUCCAAUCCAACACCACUUAUUUCAAUUAGCUUACACUAGAGUAACUCUAUAUAAUUGAACGAUAGGAGUCCAGGUUAUGGUUGAGAAGUAAAUGGUGGUGCCAAUGUUGAUGAAACUCAGCAAGCUUGCCCCUGGUCAGUGCCUUCAGUGGAUGCUGUGUUGGGUUCCAAGACAGAAAAGAGAUGGAAUAUAUAUGUGACAUUCAAACAAAGAGCUUGCUGCCUAGAACAGAAAGGAAUACAGGAUUGUGCAUUACUUGAAUGCAGAAACGGAGAAGUGGAUGGAAAUUAUGCCAAUAUUCAUUUUGCCAACCUUUAUAUCUUCAGGAAUGAUGUCUGUACAUGCUAAUAGAAAUUGAGACUGAUUACAUAAAGAGAUUAGACACUCCUAUGACAAAAAAUAAAGUUAAAAGAGGCACUUUGAUACUCUGAGGUGUCAAACUUGCGGCCCUCCAGAUGUUAUGGACUACAGUUCCCAUCAUCCCCUGCCAGCAUCAUGCUGGCAGGGGAUGAUGGGAAGUGUAGUCCAUAACAUCUGGAGGGCCGCGAGUUUGACAACUAUGCAUUUAGUAGUCCAACAAAACCCACUAUUUGGGAUGUGAAAUUCACAUGGCAUAAUGUUCAGCAGCUUGUCAAUUUCCCUAUGCUGCUACAAUUCCCCUAUGCUGCUACCAAGCUACCAAGAAGGAUUUGUGGGGUUUGCAGUUAAAAUAGCAGACCCAUGUCUUGACAGGAUGCACACGAAGAACCUGCCACAAGAGCAGCUUCCCUGUUAGGUGCUUUUUUUGUGUGUCAGUUUGGAUCAUUUGAUACCCUCCAUUGCUUAUUGAGUAGGGUCCAUAGAAAGAAAGGCUGUUGUAAACAAAUUCAAAUUUCUUUUCUUUGUCAAAUAUCUAAUUCCUUCUGGUACAGUGAAACAAACGUUUCUAUGUGUUUUCAUAAUAAAGUAUGGUUAAUUUUCCAGAA